GCAUAGCAAAGCUAGCGGCCUAGUAAACAGUGCGACAAGAGCUGGAGUGCUAUGUAGGUAGUUACUGAGCGUAUAAUUAAGGCCCACGCAAGAAAGUUAUUGAAUUUGGAAUUCGACCCUCAGCGAUAUGAAAAUAUUCGGUGUGUCAUUGCUGAACUGUGUUUUUUUUUGUUCAUUUUUGUGGAGGAUGUGAUCAUUCGUGUAUUGUCGUGCAACAGAAAUCUUACUUGAAUGAUGCCAUCACUAAGAAAGAAAGUGGUAGGCUUUAUAAGGCAACUAUCAGUUAAUACUCAGCAAGAAAAUGUAACCUGUGAAAAAUAUCAACAGUCAGAUUCUCCUGGAAGUUGUUUCAUUCACCGCUAUUUAAGUGGUCAUGAUGUUCGUUCAGACGAACCUGUCAUUCUCCAUGGGCGAAACCCUCAUGAACUUCCAGUUCGGUCCUUGGGUUCUGUUGUGAAAGGAGUUGAGACAGUAUUUGCAGCUGUGACAGGACCAGAUGGUGGAUUGACGUCUGUCAACAGGCGUCAGAGGCAUUUAUCAGCUAGUGAUCCAGAUGUUGACUACAUUGAUAUUCACGAUCAACAAGCAGAGCACGACCGUUCCACAGUUACAGCAAGUGGUUGUAAUUCCACUCAUGGAUAUGAGCAAUGGUUCCAUGGUCAACCUCGUAUUAAUCGGACUUACCCAAUAGAUAAUUCAGUAAUGAACAUUCGAGCUGCAGGAUCUGUCUUCAGUGUUGGGAAAUUGUCUGUACAGACAAGUGUAUCUGAUUUGCCUUCUGCAGUUGAUGUUUCAGAAGAAACUAACCAAAACAAAGAAUCAUCUCUGGGCAAUACUGUGUGCAGUAGUUCCAAAACUAUAAAGAAUUCAAAUGAAUCUUUGACAGGGAAUGCAAAUGUUGGAGGGAUCAUUGAAGACAAUUACCUGGGUACAGAUAAUGCUAAUGCAGAACUUUCAACCACCAACAUUGAUAAUUCAAAUGGAAGCAAUUCAGAGUUUAACAGGAAUGCACAGAUUGUGGCUGCGAGAUGUUCUGAUAAUACAACUACACAUUUGCUAGAUAAAGCAGAGAACAAUGCUGAAGAAACUUUAGGAAUAGAGAAAAAUGUGUGUAAUACAUCCUCUGGAAAUGGAGCCAAUGUAGAAAGUGAGACUGCAGAUAACAACAUAUAUUCAAGAAAUUUUCCUUAUGAAAAGAGUGGCCGGCGAACUGUUGCCGUGGAAAGUAUUGAUGUCUUUCAUACCAGUAACAUUCUAGAAGAAUGUGUAAUACCACCACCUGCAGAAUAUGCUUCUGCCAAUUACUGGGCUAAACAUAUGUCACCCAUACGAAAGUCUAAGAGUGCUCCACCUCCAUUGUCAGCUGGAGGUAUUGAUGCAUCACAGAUUUCAUCUGAACCAGAGGAAAUAGCUGGUAUUUUGAAUUGGUUUCAUCCACAUCCUGAUGCAUUUGGUGUUGCUACAACUUUGUAUGAGAAACAUCCAAUCACUCAAGAAAAUGCUGGAGACCCAAUUGCUGACUGCUUUGCUAUAGUAGCAAGAGAAAAUUCAGCUGUCUUGGCACUUGCAGAUGGAGUUAACUGGGGUGAGAAAGCCUGUGUUGCUGCAAGAAGUGCAAUACAUGGAUGUGUGGAAUAUCUGAACAAAGCUUUCUUCACCCCCGGAGUCUCCGCAUCGAAAGUUACAAACACAAUGGAGGUAUUUGUUGCCUUGUUGAGGUCCUUCCAUGCUGCACAUAGCCUUAUUUUGCAAGAGGAUGGCAUGCUGACUACCUUGACAGCAGCAGUUGUAUUACCCUUGACUGCAGUAGACAAAUAUGUUGUUUGUGUGUGUAAUGUAGGUGAUAGUCUUGCGUACGUCUACAGCAAGAAAUAUGGUGUACGAGAAAUAACAAAAGGAUCUCACGAUAUCCAUUGCAUGCGAGACAUGAGGGAUGCACUUGGAGCUUUAGGCCCUGUGGAUGGUCAGAAUCCAGAAUUAAAUAACCUGACCUGUUCAAUGACUGAAGUGGAGCCUGGCGAUAUUGUGUUUCUUACAUCUGAUGGGGUUUCUGACAAUUUUGAUCCUGUUGUAGGCAAGUUUGCAGUACUUCCACCUGCACAACCAAGCUCAUCAGCAGAAAACACGAAGACAGCAGGGAACACUAUGAAUAUCACAGGAAGUACUAUGAAAGUGCAAUCAACCAAUACAUCCUCUAGGGCAAAUGCAAACAGUGACAUUUUACCUAGUUCACUACCCACAGUACAGGCAUAUCAGAGACAUGAACUGUCAUUGUUAAGAAUGGAGGACUUGUUAAAGAAUGGAGUAUCUGGUAAUGGACCACCCUGUGAUGAUGCCAAGACUCUUUGUGAACUACUCUUAGAUUUUGCAACAAGGCUUACAGCAGCAAAACGUCACAUUUUAGAAGAUCCAGAUCUGUAUUAUACAGUUUCUGAAAAUUCUGAUCAACUAAAGGAACUCAGUAAAUCCGAGCAACGCACAAGACGAAAGAAGGUAUGUGAAAAACUGGCAAUGGUACCAGGAAAGCUUGAUCAUGCAACUGUUGUAGCCUACAAAGUUGGAGUUCACCACAAGGAAGAAGCAACAGCAACUAAAAUAUCUGCCAACAAGGAAAUUGCUGAAAAAACAGAUGAGAACUAUUUAGAAACUAUUUUGUAGAUAUGACAUUACUCUUAUGGGCAGUGUAGCUUUAAUAAUGGGAGUACAUUGAAUUUUAAAUUUUGGUAAUUAAUUCUCAUUUGGUUUUGUGCUGUGAAAUGCAAGAUAAUUUUGAUAGUCUUGGUGAGAAAUUGAGUUACGAGGCACUUGAAAGGCUAAGCACAAAAAUACACGAGAAAAAUCUUGCUUAUUCUCUCCCAGAUAUCUUGUGCUGUCCAAGGAAAAGUAGAGCAGAUAGACAUAAGAUGGAUUCCCAUCUCUUUCUGUGACUCUGCUGUGGUUUUCCAGUAACUGGCUUAAUCUAUUAGACAUUCAUAGUUGUGCAGCCAGUACUGAAAAUAAGAUAUUUCACAGUAGUUAUAUAAAAGGUAUCGUAUUUACCAGUGCAGGUUGCACCCACUGAACAGUUAGACAUGAGAAUACCAUUGCUUGAAGCAAGGUUGGCCUAUUAAAACUUCAUGCGAAAGCAAUGCCUCUGAUUUUUUUCCUCUUAAUGCACAUAUACAUUAUUUAUUAAAUCUGACACUAAUGACUCUGUAGUUUAUAAUUUAGUUAUAAUUUUGUAACAGAUUUUUUGUUUGAAAUUUUGGUUUGCGGAUUGAUGAUCUUUCGUGAUUUUAGAAUAAGUUUACAACUGUUCCACUCUAAAAAGCAACAACAUUCCUCAAUGAUAAAAAAAGGCACUAAAGGAACUGAAUCUGCCUUGCAUGCUGUUUCUCUGCUAGUGAGUUUUAUAAAUGAAAGGUUGUUAUGUGGCUCUUCAAAAGUGAGACUGACAUUCUCAACUUGGUUUGCCAGCCAAGGAAAUGUGGAAAGACCUUCACAGGAAAACAAAAUAUGCAUUUCUAUGCAUUCCAAAUCAGUAUCUACAUCCAAGACUGAAUAAAAAAAUCUUUUGUGAUUUAUCUAAAAAUAGUUUCAGGGUAGCACCCUAUUCUCGUUGCACCAUUAAUAAAUAGUGUUUGUAAUACAGAUUUUUGUUUUAGUAGUCACACAAAAAUGAAUACCAUUCAGCUGUAAAACUGUGAUACAUUUUUUGCAAAAUUAUAAAACUUUGGGAACCAAAUUGACUAACUUUACUGUAUUCAAACAUAGGUUAUUUAUUGCCAUAUGGCCAGUCUAUCAGUAACUUAAGUAUCUAGGAAUGGAAUAGGAAAAUCCUCAAAGUUACUAAAGGUAACUCUAAAUAACCAAGUAUACCAUUACAGCUUAUGCCAUCCUUACAUGUAGAUUAUGGUACAGAUUUCUGAAGAUUAUGCAGAGUCUGUCUUGUUUGUUGUCUGAAUUUGCCCAAAUCAUGUCAUGUUUUACUCUAAUUGAUACUGAAGAUGUUGGUUUUCAGGUUGCAUAUGUUGAUAGGAUAGAUUCUGAAAGAAUAGAACUAGAUAUUCUUGUGAUAAAGUCCCUUGCAUCAUUUGAAGGUACUACUGAUUGGGUAUUUAUGUCACUACAGGAAUAUGUAACACAGAGAAGUAGUGAUGAUAUAUUUUAAAAAGUAAAAUGGGCAGUACAGAGAAAUUUAUUGAAAUGUAUAGUUUUGAAAUGUGGAAAGAUCUUCACAGGAAAACAAAAUCUGCAUAAUUGGGUUAAAUGUUAUUUCUCCUAACUUAAUACCUAUAAAAAUUCACCAAAAUGUUCUCUAUCAGAAAAAGAGCUUGUAGUUUGUAUGUAUGGUAAUAUCUGAAACUUGUUUCAUCUGCCUUUGCCAGUCUUAACAAAUUUAUUGACGGACAGUAAGGUUGCUACUUCAAUGCUUGGGUACUCUUACAGGUUUUACCUAAUUUUAAAAGUCAGUAAUGUUCACAGAAACUGUUUAUUUUUAAAAAAACAUGUUCAGUCACACUCUUGAGAAAUGUGGGCCUAUCUGUGUGUGUGUGUGUGUGUGUGUGUGUGUGUGUGUGUGUGUGUGUGUGUGUGUGUUGGUUAGUCUGUAUUAAUUUAAACCUACAUAAACCUAUAAUUUAAUUGCUACAUAAACGUAACAAAUGAAAUUUCAUCUAACUAGAAGUUUGUGAUGCUCAAAUGUUGAUAUUGAUUUACUUGAUACUUUGAUGGCUGAUGCUCUAGAGAAUUACAAGUACUUGUGUAAAUAUAUUUAAAUUAGGAGAAGAAAUCAUGUAAAUGAAUCUUGCAGCAUACAGACUAGAGUUGACACAAGUUUAUGUAACAAUAACUGUUACGUACUGCUGUACUUUUGUAAGAUUGUUAUUGUGAAUGUUUUAUGGCUGUGAUUGUUGUAAGAAGUUAGUUCUUCGUGUGAAUUGUAAUGUGUGGGUUGUCAUUAAUGGUUUUCACUAUAAAUUUAUAUAAUGUGUACAGUUUCCCGUAAAUACAUACUGUGACAAAAAAAUUGGUAGUUCACUAAAGAUAUUAUUUUUGUUGAUAUUGUAUAAUUUGAAUAAUUGCUUUCUGUGACAUGGCUAGAUUAUUGUAGUUGUUGCAGUUAGAUAUUUAUGGAGUAUGGGAUAUUUAAGUUGUCAGUAUAUUUGUGACAAACUGAAAAUACAAAAAAAAGAAAAAAAAGAAAAAUGUUGACAGGGCAUUCCACUGAAUAAAUGCAGCUAUCUGUGAAAAUGAUUUACUUCAGGAUUCAGUGUUAUUUAAAUAUACUAAUAUCUUAGAUAUGCAUUUUUCUUUAGCAGUUUUGUUUCACUGAAUCUAAAACAUUUAUUAUGAAACCAAAUGUUAAUCGUAGCAUUGAACUGUCAAUGAGUGAAUUGUUUUGUGUUAUUUGCAAACCACUGGAAGCUACUUGUUACUAAGUGAUAAUUUUGUGACGACUAUAAAAGAAAAAUCUGUGUAGAAUAUGACACUUGCUGGUCAAGUGUGUAUUUGGUUUAUCUGCUAUUUAUGUAGAAAAUGAUGACACUCAGUUAUUCAAAAGUGUAAUGUGUGACUGUGAUAAAAAGCAAUAUACAUUAUAUAACAUGGAGCACUUUCACAAACUGAAGCAGUCAAACACAAACUUUGUUAUAGCAUUUUUACUUACAAUUGUUUUAUGGUCUCUGAUUAUUUCAAUAGAAAUUAAUAAAGUUUUCCUUGGACUUAA